AUGGCGGAGAUUGAAGGGACGGGGAGGGGAGGGGGAGGGGAGGGGGAGGACAAAAAGUUCUUUGCUCAGUUCGUGACUGAGGCGGGAGAGGUCACGGGGCCUCAGAUCGAGAUCCCCUACGAUCUUACGGGCAGGCAGCUGAAUGGGGUCAUCAACGAGCUCCUCAGCAAGGACAAGUUCGAGCCUUACAGCUUCUACAUCAACGAUCAGGAAAUCGUUGGGACAUUGGGAGAGUCCAUCAAAGAACACAACAUCUCAGCAGAGACCGUUGUUAAGAUCGUAUACCAACCUCAAGCCACAUUUCGCGUCAUUGCUGUCACCAGAUGUACUGGCACAUUAGCAGGGCACACCGAGGCCAUUCUUUGUGUUGCAUUUUCUCCCGAUUGUAAACGCCUCAUCACUGGUUCGGGGGAUGCGACUUUGAGAGUGUGGGAUAUAAACACGGAGACGCCGAUAACGACCAUGAAAGGCCACACCAACUGGGUCUUAUGCUGUGCAUUUUCGCCGGAUGGGAAGCUUGCAGCAUCAGGAAGCAUGGACAAGGAAGCGAGAUUGUGGGACCCUGCUAAGGGACAACCAGCUGGCAAACCACUGAAGGGACACACCAAGUGGAUUACCAACUUGUCAUGGGAACCGAUCCAUCUGUCGAAAGAUGGCGUGAGUAGAAGGCUAGUCACAGCUUCGAAGGAUGCGUCUCUGAGAAUCUGGGACGCAGUAACAAGUGCAGUCACGCUGGUCUUGACGGGGCAUACAAGCAGUGUUACUUGCGUGCGUUGGGGGGGUUCUGGUCUGAUAUACAGUGGAAGUGAAGACCGGACUAUCAAGGUGUGGAACCCAGACAAGGGGAUUCUCGUCCGUUCACUGGAGGGGCAUGCACACUGGGUCAACCACAUAGCAUUGAAUUCAGACCAUGUCAUGAGAAACGCUCCUGCGAACGCCAAGGAAGCGGCUCUGUCUCCUAAGCAGAGGUGGUAUGAGAACGCAAUUGGCCACGAGCUAGUGGAGCGAUUAGUUUCAGCAAGUGACGAUCACACGAUGUACUUGUGGGAGCCAGCUGUGGGGAAGAAGCCAAUAUGCCGCAUGACAGGACAUGUUCAGCCUAUCAAUCAUGUUAGCUUCUCCCCGAACGGGCGUUUGAUAGCCUCGGCUUCCUUUGACAAGGCUAUUCGAAUAUGGAAUGGAAUCACCGGCAAGUACAUCGCCACCCUUCGAGGGCAUGUCGGGGCAGUGUACCAGGUGGCAUGGUCCUCGGACAGCCGACUGCUGGUGAGCGCCUCCAAGGACUCCACCCUCAAGCUCUGGGAUGUCGAGCAAGGCAGCAGCACAUUCGGCAAGCUGCGCGUCGAUCUCCCUGGGCAUGCAGAUGAAGUGUUCGCCGUGGACUGGAGUGCCGACGGAGCUCGUGUGGCAAGCGGGAGCAAAGAUUGCUCGCUGAAACUGUGGAGAUACUAGAAAAGCCAUUAUAAGGAUUCCUUCGAUCUAACCUGUAUGUCUGUAACUAUAUCAGAGUGAGGAGUGAGCGAUUUUAGUCAUAUCUGCAUCUAUUACUUUCAAUCCUCGGGGUCAUGAAGAAAUAUAUCUUCACCUAGGAUGG